UCAUCCUCCAGAUUGACCUUUUGUUCCCAAAAAUUAACUUCGAAUAGCUUGAAUAUAAAAAUGAUUAUUUCGAAUCGCUUAUAAUUAUAUAUUUGCGGCUUUAUCUUGGAUUGUUGGACUAUCUGUAAUGAAUUUCACAUCCACAAAUACCACUCCCAACCCCGCGGACGACGCACAUCUUCUCCGGUGUUGGAAAAUUCAGAACUGUAAAGACUGUCUCACGAAAGAGUCGGAUUGCAGCUGGUGCCCGUUUUCAUGGACAUGCGUUCCUAACUCGAAUCGCAUUCCACUGUUGGCACCAGCAUGGGACGAAAAUGUAUGUCCGCAUUGGGCGGAACGAUGGGAAAUCCGCACGCGACCGUUGGGAUGUCAGGUUUCGACUAUCACGACGUUGACUUCGCUUGUAACUAUCGCAUCUACGCUUGUCCUCGUGCUGCUUAUCACAGCGACGGUCUUUGGUAUCCGGAAGUUAAAGGCGUAUAGUAUAAAGAACCCGGGAUGGUGGAAGGUAUGGAAGUAUAACUGGAGGCAGUUGAUUCUAGGUUGGAAGCAGAGUUUGGAUAGAAGAUUAGGCAUUAGGUUUAAUGGCGAUAGUAAUGGGAAUGCUCGGGAAUCAGGCGAACAGGAGCCACUGCUUCCAUCCUAAUAUCUUUGAGGGUAUUGGUUCAUAACAUAGUAUAAUU